CGCAGCCGCCGCUCCAUCCCCAGCCGGGGCCCCGCAUCCAGGCCGCCAGGAUGGACGUGUUCAUGAAGGGCCUGUCCAUGGCCAAGGAGGGCGUCGUGGCCGCCGCGGAGAAAACCAAGCAGGGGGUCACCGAGGCCGCGGAGAAGACCAAGGAGGGCGUCCUCUACGUCGGAAGCAAGACCCGAGAGGGGGUGGUACAAGGAGUGGCCUCAGUGGCUGAGAAAACCAAGGAGCAGGCGUCACAUCUGGGAGGAGCCGUGUUCUCUGGGGCUGGAAACAUCGCGGCAGCCACAGGUCUCGUGAAGAGGGAGGAAUUCCCCACGGACCUGAAGCCAGAGGAAGUGGCCCAGGAAGCUGCUGAGGAGCCGCUGAUUGAGCCCCUCAUGGAGCCAGAAGGGGAGAGUUAUGAGGAACCGCCCCAGGAGGAGUAUCAGGAGUAUGAGCCAGAGGCGUAAGGGCCCAGGACGGCCCCCCACCAGCAGCACAAUCCCUUCCCUGCCCUCUGACCGCCCCCCCGCCAGAGCCAGGGCUGUCCUUCUACCCUUUCCCCCCAAACACGAGAUCUUCCUUCGCUCCGAGGCACCCCUCGGAGCCUGUGUUAGUAUCUGUCCAUCUGUCUGUCCUACCCGCCCGCGCGUCCAACCCUGGCGCGUGGACAGGGCCGGGGCUGCGGCCGUGGCUGGGAGCCUCACCUCACCUUUGUUGCCUCCUCCCUGCCCCAUCCCGUCCAGUGUCUGAGCGGAUGUAGCAUGUUCUAUGUGUUUUUAAACGAAGAUCGGAAAGGGACGGCUUCCCCCGACCCCCGACAGAGGCUCUCCAGGGGCCCCCGGGCAGCCCCAGAGCUCCCCACCCCACUCUCACGUCGACCCCAAGAAACAUUUUUUUAACCAAAACCAGGAGCCAGGCUGUGCCAUGCCCCCUCCCCCAGCCGGCCCGGUCCGAGGGCGGGCGUCGUGUGUCGUGAUUGUGGCAUGGAGAGUCCCCCACCCCCCGUG